AUGAGCAACAACAGAAGCAGCAUGAGUCCAGAAUUUUACACCAUGAAUGGAGGAGAUGGCCCUUAUAGCUACUCCAACAAUUCCCACGCUCAGAGAAUACUCAUAGAGGUUGCCAAACCAAUAAUUGAUGAAGCAAUUGCCCACGAACUCGAUUUAAGAAACUUUUCUUUGUCAUCAAAUCCAUUUUCUAUUGUAGAUUUGGGGUGCUCAACUGGACCAAACACAUUCAUUGCCGUCAAAAAUAUUCUAGACUCUAUCAAGCAAAAACACCAAUCCCUUGGCCACACUUCUCAAAUUUCUGAAUUCUUAAUUUACUUUAAUGAUCAUACAUCAAAUGAUUUCAAUACCCUCUUCGCUUCUCUCCCUCUGGAUCGGCAGUACUUUGCGGCGGCCGCGCCGGGGUCUUUCCACGGCCGGUUAUUCCCCGAAUCUUCUGUUCAUUUUUUUCAUUCAUCUAAUGCGAUUCACUGGUUGUCUAAGGCUCCUGAGGAGUUGGUGGACAGGAAAUCUUUGGCCUGGAACAAAGGGAGGGUUCAUUAUACUAAUGCUGCAGAGGAAGUUUGUGACGCAUAUGCGGCUCAGUUUCGGAAGGACAUGGAGAAUUUUUUGGAUGCAAGAGGAAAAGAGAUUGUUGUUGGAGGAUUGAUGGUGUUAACCGUGAGUGCUAUUCCAAAUGGGAUGUGCCUCUCUCAUCAAAAUCCAAUAGGUCUCAUGUAUGAUCUUCUUGGGGCCUCCCUCAUGGACUUGGUAAAGAAAGGAGUAAUCAAUGAAGAACAAGUUGAGUCCUUCAACAUACCUAUAUAUGUUGUAAAUCCUGAGAACUUGAGAGAAGCAGUGGAAAGAAAUGGGAGUUUCAGGAUGGUGAAAAUGGAGAUGAUAGAGUCGAUAUUAAAGAUAAAUUAUGGUGAUGAAAUCACAAAUGUGAAUUGGUGGACAAGAAUGUUAAGAUCAGGGAAUGAAGAUAUCAUCACCAAGCAUUUUGGGAGUGGAAUUAUGGAUCAACUUUGUCAACAGUUCACGGUCAAUGCUUUAGAGGUUACUCACAAUUUUAAUUGGGAUGAGCUUAAAGGAUAUCAAUUACUUGUCAUUUUGAAGCGUUAUAAAUAA